UAUUUAUUUGCAUCUUGAGUAAUCGGUUAGCUUACUCUUCGGAUAUUUUAUACAUGUAGGUAUUUAUGAUACAUACCAUAACAAUAUAAGAGUCCUGAAAUUUUUUUGAAGUACAUAACUAUUCGAGUUCUAUUUUAUUUGUAUUACUCCUUGUACCAAUGUCCACGCGGUAGGGUCAACCACUUUUGUUCAGAAUGUUCCCUUUCACGAUAUUAUAAUGGUCACCCUACAAAAAAUAAUCUCAAGAAAUCAAAGCUACCAUUUUGAAAAUCGAUUCAAAUGUCCCAUAACUCUUUGUCGCGGGCUUGUAGAAGCACGUCGAUAUGUUGUUGGGGCUCAUUUUAUGUGUGGCGACGAUGUGUGAGGCCAGCUUCCAUGAGCAGUAUAGAGUGCCCCAGACCUGUACGGACAAAUGGGAAUCCUUCGUGUACGAGGACAAGGAAUAUGUCAUCCAGAACCUGCCGAUAACCUGGGAGAAUGCAAAGAUUAUGUGCCGUGGCCACCAUAAUGGAACCUUGGCUAUCUUGGAUACGAAAGAAAAGGCGGAAUUUCUUGCUGAAGCUUUAGCUGAAUCACAGUUUGUGAUUGAUUCUGUAUGGGUUGGUGCUCGGAGACAUGGCGGCGACGACCCAGAUGGUUACCGAUGGGGAAACUUGCUGGAAUUGCGUCGUACAGCUGCUGACAUCCGGCGGAGCAGUCCUGAAGACGUGGAUCAAUAUCCAGCGUGGCAGAAUAGAACCCAUGUUCCCGUCCCAGACGCAGGCGCCGACUGCGUUGCUGUGCAAAGAGUGUCUCACGACCGAGGAGUAUUCCUGGAUCUUCCCUGCGAGCUGGAAAGACCAUUUGUCUGUGAAAGAGAGGCACAGACCCGACAGCUCAUAAAGGAACUGAAGACGGUCCGAUGCCGGACCGGUCUGUACCGGAUGUAUGACGGCCUCUUGGACUGGCAUCAGGCGGCUGCAUACUGCGUGCUCAGGAAGAUGAGUUUAGCCAACAUUGCCACGAUGAAAUGUCUGAAGAAACUUGGCACCACAAUGCUAAAGACCAGACCCAGUAUCGAGAACGCGUGGGUCGGAGCGAGAGGAGAGCUCGGGAAAUGGAGCUGGGUGGACUCGGGAGCCAGCAUUUUCCUGCCCAGUCCUUAUAGCGACGUGGACAAAGCUAUGUGGCCACCUAUGAGAGACAGAACAUCAGUAAAACAAAAUGGCUGCCUCCAACUAGAUCGGCACGCUAGUCACCCGCCGAUAUUCCUGGAGGCACGCUGCGAAAGAAAGAUGCAGUUCAUCUGCUAUCAAGGUUCACCGGCAUUGCGAACAGCCACACCGCUACCUAGCGACGACUUCUACUACUACGUGCUUGUCAAACAACUGCUAUUCUGGCAGCAUGCUUACGAAAACUGUAAUAAAAUGAACGGUUCGUUGGCCUAUCCGGAGACUUCGGAAAUAAUGACGCAGCUGCUGCUUCUUAUGGGUGAAAAUAAAGAGGAACCUGUUGAACAUAUUUGGAUAUCGGGCCGUUUAAAUAUAACGAAAGAUCUUGCAACAGACGACAUUAAAUACGGAUGGUAUAACCCGUUUAACAAUAAGGCUAUUCCAGACCCGAAGACUCGGAGGAAUUCAAAAGGAAUUUAUACGGCGCCGUGGUUGGAUGAAGAAUAUACAAGGGACAACUCCUGCUUGAAUUUGGACAGACAAGAUCACUUGAAGGGACUCAUCUAUGGUCUUCCAUGUGAUACUCCUCAAUACUCCAUUUGUAUGAUUGAGAAAAGUCCGCGCGCAAAGCCCGAAAGUGCACCUGUCAUCUCUACGCCGUCUAACCUGGGCGUCCCCGAGGCAAUGGAAGCUCCUCAUUCGGAAGGAUUGUUUAAGGAUGCUGACAAUACUGACAUUAGUAACAAAUAGAUAAAUCGACUAAGUUAGGUUUAGGUACCGAAGUUUGACAGCGAUUCAGGGAAAAUUCAUACCGGGAAAAUCGAAGUUCGUCAAUUGCGGGCAUUUUUCUCUGUCACUCUAAUUACGUCUUAGUAAGAGUAAAAGAGAAAGAUCCCCGCAAUUUGCGAAUUUCGGUUUUCGCGGUAAGCCCCCAGGGACGAAUCAUGCUGUUACUUUCUAAUGUAAAGCACUAUGCCUUUCGGCUAUUUACGGUUGACAAAAUUCAAGCCAUUAUCUUAUGGUGGUACACGCAAAGGGACGCCAAGUUGUGCCACACCUAAUAAUUGCUCGGAACAAUUCUGAGCCGAAUGGCGUCGAAAAUGGCCGAAAGGACUAGUGGCGCCCCACUGGUUUAGGCUCACUAACCUUUUCGACACCGUAUCAAACAGAAAAGGUGUCACUCGGACGACACGUGACGGAAGUGUCAAAACUGAAAUUGAACUUUAUGCAUAUGCUCGUAGGUCUAUGUUGCUCUGUAGUCUGUGACGGAUUAAUCUGUCGUUGGCGGUGGACCUGCGUUUUGGAUAUAUCCGUCAUUGACGUCGAAAAGCUUUAAACCAUAGUGAAGUACAGGCAAGGGUUAUAACCGCGAGAAUCGAAGUUCGGCAAUUGCUAGCAUUUUUCUCUAUCACUCUAAUUCAGGAUUAGUGAAAAGAAAGAAAAAUACCCGCAAUUUGCGAAUUUCGGUUCUCGCGGUAGACCCCAGAGGUUGGCCCAAAAAUAUGUUGAUUUUUUUAAUCUCUCUCCUUCUCUGGAGUUGCUGGAGUACAUAGGCUACGGAGACUGCUUACCAUCAGGCGGGCCAUUAGCUUGUUUGCCACCGAGGUAGUAUAAAAAAAACUCUAUUGUCAGGUGAAAACCACAUGGAAAUCCGGUCAGUAGGUUUUGAGUUUAUCACGAACAUACUUACUGAGAAGUACUGAAACACAGCGAGAUUUUUCGCCAACUUUGGCCACAUCAAGCGCUGUGAUCGUUUUUGUUUUCCCGCCAAACCCUCUGCACCCGGCCAAUAGGUUUAUUUCAUUGACAUAUAUCUACGGACGGGCCUUACGGGUACUAACUAAGA